AUGUCUGCCCCCGACAGACUCGACGAGGUCGAAAAGGCCUACGAAGUCCAGAUCGAAAGCAACAAUGCCGGUGGAGGUAGUGGCCAACAGCUGGCAGCGGUCGACCCGGCCGCUGAGAAGAGGGUGGUUCGGAAAUUGGACUACCACGUCGUCCCAUUGCUCAUGGCUCUCUAUCUCCUCGCCUUCCUGGACCGCUCCAACAUCGGAAACGCCAAGAUCGCAGGCAUGGAAGAGGACCUCGAGCUCGACGGCGAUCGCUACGACUGGCUGCUGACCAUCUUCUACAUUUCCUACAUCGUCUUCGAGUUCCAGGCCAUCAUGUGGAAGAUCGUGCCGCCGCACAGGUGGGCCGCCAUCUGCGUUUUCGGCUGGGGUCUCGUCGCCACAGUCCAAGCCGCGACGCACAACUGGCAAGGCAUGAUGGCCCUGCGCUUCCUGAUGGGCGUCUUCGAAGCCGGCUACGGGCCGGGCAUCCCGUACCUCCUCUCCUUCUUCUACCUACGUCACGAGGUGGGCUCGCGGCAGGGCAUUUUUCUUUCCGCCGCGCCGCUCGCCAACACCUUCGCGGGCGCGCUGGCGUACGGCAUCACGGCCGCCAAGGACGCUGCCAUCGCGCGGUGGCGCCUGCUCUUCCUCGUCGAGGGCGCGCCGACGCUGGUCAUGGCGGGCGUGGCGUGGUGGUUCCUGCCGGACGCACCGGAGAAAGCAAGGUUUCUGGAUGAGGACGAGAAGAGGAUCGCGAAGGCGAGGGCGGUGCGGCAGACGGGCCAGGACGCGGAGGCGAGGAUAGGCGGGGUUGAAUGGAAGGACGUCGUCGCGGCGCUGAUGGAUGCGAAGUGCUGGUUCACUGCCCUAAUGUACUUCUCCUGCAACGUCUCCUUCGCCUCCCUCCCCGUCUUCCUCCCCACCAUCCUCAAAGAAAUGGGCUUCACCGCCAUCAACGCCCAAGGCCUAACCGCACCCCCCUACUUCCUCUCCUUCCUCCUCACCAUCGCCACCACCGUCCUCGCCGACCGCACCCAGCAACGCGCCUACACCAUCGCGACCCUCACCCUCAUCGGCGGCACCGGCUACGUCCUGCUGGCCGCCUGCACGUCCGUCGCCGCGCGCUACGCCGGCGUCUUCCUCGCGGCCGCAGGCGUGUUUCCGGCGAUCGCGAACAUCCUGCCCUGGGUGAGCAAUAACCAGGGCAGCGACACGCGGCGCGGGAUCGGGUUCGUGAUUCUGAACGUCGUGGGCCAGUGCGGGCCGUUGCUCGGGACGAGGCUGUACCCGGCGGGCGAGGGGCCGAGGUAUGUCAAGGGGCAGGCGGUGUGUGCGGCGUUUAUGUUUUUUACGACGUUUUUGGUUGUUGCGUUGAGGGUGCUGUUGGCGUGGGAGAAUGGGCGGUUGGAUCGGAAGUACGGGACGGUUGAGGAGCAGAGGGCGAGGAGGGAGGCGGGGGAUGUGGUGGGGGGGAAGGACGGGCAGGAGGAGGGCGUUGGGGAGGAGAAUUACGGGCCUAUGUUUAGGUAUGUGUUGUAA